AUGUCGAGGUCCUUCUACGUCGACUCUUUGAUCAUCAAGGAUACCGUGCGCCCCGCACCGGUGGAGCAUCCGGUGCGAGACUUCCUCAUCCCCGUCAGCAUGCAUUCCACGAGCAUGCUGGGUGUCAGCGCGCCCGUCUGCCCGUCUAGGAAGAGUGGGACCUUCUGCGUGUGUCCCAUGUGCGUCACGUCCCACAUCCACUCAUCACGCAGCAGCAUCCCCGGUCUUAAAAGUCAGUUUCCCGGCGCGGAGGCACAGUACUGCCACAGGAUUGGCCACCAUCCGUCCUCCGCUCUUACGCACCCGGGACAGACACCUGUCUGCACUCCCACCUACAGCGUCACAGAUCCCCGGAGGUACCACUGCCUCUCCAUAGCCGCGUCCGAGAGCAGCCACAUCCAGAACGGCAAGAGGAUGCGCACGGCGUUCACGAGCACGCAGCUUCUGGAGCUGGAGCGCGAGUUUUCUACCAACAUGUAUCUCUCGAGACUGCGCAGAAUCGAGAUCGCCACCUAUUUGAGCUUGUCGGAGAAGCAGGUGAAGAUCUGGUUCCAGAACCGCAGGGUGAAGCACAAGAAGGAAGGCAAGGGCACCCAGAGGGGUGUCCACGGGGGCUGCAAGUGCGCCAGCAGCACCACCCACACAGACUACCCGAGGUCGGAGGACGAGGGGUCCCUGUCCCCGGCCUCCACCUCGGAGGAGAAGGAGGAGGUGUCCCCGAUCUGA